AUCAAUAGGGCUUAUCCAUUUUCUUCACAGUUUAUGCCACAACAGCAUCUAACCCUGAUGAAUCUUCAUAUGCAUGUUACUAUGAUGAAAAGAGACAAACAUACCUUGGGGAUUUGUACAGUGUCAAAUGGAUGGAAGAUUCUGAUGUGGAAGAUUUGACAAAAGAAACCCUCCACAGGCAGUUUGUGUUAGUGAGGAACCACACCAACACUAGUCAUGUGAUGCAAUAUGGAAACAUUUCUAUCUCCCAUAUGAAAGUAUUGCAGUUCCAGGGCUCAAAAAAGAAUUCCAGCAUCCCCAUUUCAUUGCCGCCGAUCGAUCACUAUGAUCUCACACCUAGCCCUGAUGUGCCCCUUGCAAUUAUGAAGCGAAAACUGAUGGCCACCAAUGACAUCUAUGAAGCAAAGGCAAUUGUGAAAGAGAUGAAGACACAUCUAGAGGCCAGACAGGUGAUUCAGGAGUCAAUGCAGAAGAUCAUAUUUUUAAUAACAGGCUCUAAAGAGCGUGGAAGUAAAAUCUUAUCAUCUAGACUGAGCCUAAGAAAUUAUGACUGUUAUGAGUCAGCAAUGGAUCACUUUAAAAAACAUUGCUUUAACUGGCACAAUCCUUUGUAUGAAUAUGCUUUGAGACAGCUAUAUGCCUUGGUCAAUGUCUGUGAAACAGGAUAUCCCAUUGACAGAAUACAAUUGGCCAUGGAUCAAGUGUGCCUUGGAUAACUAUCCCUUCCAGUAAAAUCUACCUCCUUUCAAUCAAUUAAUCAAUAACCAUGACAUUUAUCUGGAAUAAUCAACAAGGAAUUAACGCAAAGCAAAGCAAAAUCAUUUACAGGCAUAUGUAAAGCUUAUGAUUUUUAAAACAAGUGACUGGGUCCUACACUUUAAAGCUUUCACAGUAUGCAGUGUUGUGAUCCAAACCAGGUGUAUGUUUUAUUCCAGGAGCAGCUUCUGAAUUUCCCUGCUUCCUCAGAGCCCUCCCAGUUGCUAUCUGGAUUCCUCUGUGUCAGCUGGGAUACUUUUAUUUGUAAUAUUUUACGAAUGGGCUGACUUGUGGAAUCUCUUCUGUUGAAUUGAAAUAUGUUUAGUUAUAAUCCUUUUGCAGAGGCUUUGGGUGUCUCAACCAUUUACAGAUGACCCAACAGAUUUCCCAAAAUUUCCUUCUGUGAAUGUAAUAUUUUUGAUUUUUAUAACUGUAGGUCAGUGCUUUCAUGAUUUGAAGGAUACAUUAAUUAAAAAGUUUACAUUGCAUGGUUCAAGAAUAAAAAGCCAUCAAUCUCUCCCUCCUCAUUAAAGCUGGGGGGGGGCUACUAUGUUUUAACAUGGUUCAGCUUCAUUAAGGAACGAAUCACGGUCUUUAAACUCAGGAGUGAUGGAAGAAUUAUUUUGCAGUUUCUCCUGAAAGAGAAUAUAUAUUGUGUUUCCGUUUUCAAGUCUGAUGUAUGUUUACAAAAGAUGAUAGGAGACAUUGCCGUAUUUAGGGCAAUCUUUGAAUUAAAAAGAAGUUGAUAAACCA